AUGACAUCUUCGCCCCCAGCAGCAGCUGGGCGAGCCAUGCAUACGAUUCCCAUCGCCGACCGUCCACCGCAUGGGCCUAUCGCCAGCAAGAUCUUGUUCCCCCUCUUGAUGAUCGUCGGACUACUGGGCAUAGCAUCGACCACCCUACUAGCCACACCGCUGCUGCUGCUUCCUGGGAAGUGGGGCGUUAGCGUGAUGGAUAUGGUUGUGGGGUUUACAAAAGAUGGAUUUGGCCGUCUGCUCAUCGCCAUCAUGGUCCUCUUUGCGCCUGCGACCCUCCAUUUCACCGUCGACGCUCCGCUGGACCUCGUCGAUCUGGUCGAGCGGGACGGACGAGGCAGAGUCAAAAGACUGAAUCUUCCCGACAGACUAGUGGCAAUCGCCAAUCAUCAAGCCUACACGGAUUGGAUGUAUUUGUGGAUCAUGGCUUGUUACUCAGGACAUGCUAGCGGCGUCGUUAUCCUGUUGAAAUACAGCCUUCGCAAGGUACCGAUUCUCGGAUGGGGAAUGCAACGCUUCUUCCGGUUCAUCUUCAUGAAGCGGUCAUGGGCUGCCGACAAAGGCCAUCUUACAGAAGCCUUGAGCCAGCUGGGCCAUGACGCCAAUAUCACGCCCGAUUAUGACGUUAUUCCCCUCGCACCGCCCCCAAAGCGCUCUCCGUUGUGGCUCCUGAUUUUCCCCGAAGGGACGAUUGCGAGCGAUGAGGAGAGGGUGAAGAGCGUCAAGUACGCUGCACGCGAGGACACUGAUGACUUUGUCACCAUGCUGCAUCCCAGAUCUACGGGACUCUUGUUCUGUCUUCGAGCUUUGCUCCCCCAUAUUCCGGACCUAAAGCUACUAGACGUGACGAUCGGGUACCAGGAUGUGCCUUUUGGCAAAUACCCACAGGACUAUUACGGCCUCGCUUCCAUAUUCUAUCGUUCAGUUCCACCGCCAACAGUUCAUAUACACCUGAGGCUGUACUCUGACCUCGCCGCCAAGUCGUCCCCUAUACCCUCUCUUACUAGCGCGUCCGUGGUAUCAGGGGGACAGGUCGGGAUGGCCAGCAGCGAAGAGGCGAGGGCGUUCGAACUGUGGCUCCGGGGAGUCUGGGAGAAAAAGGAAGAGCGAUUGAAGCAAUUCUGUGCGGAUCAGCGAUUCAUCGGGGACGGAGGGGACCAGGCAAAAGAAGUCGUUCGAGUCCGUCAAACGUCUUCCGUACACUGGUUAUCGGCGGUUGGAGGGGGAGGUAUGUUUACGUUAGCGAUUGGAUUAUGGUCUUUACGUAAAAUUGUAGGCUGGUGGAGGUUGUGA